CAUGCACACGUUUCAAAUUUUGCACGAUAUGCGUGCACGGCGCUUUUGUACAGGAAGAAUCGCGUCGAUUGCCAAAAAUUGCUGCGGACAAACGGUGAUUUUUAAGUUUUACGUCAUUAAAGACAUCACUUACCAGAUCGUGAAUAUCCAUUGAUCAAUACAAUAGCAGGUUUUGUGUCAACUGUGACGGAUUUCAAUGUUUAUCUGGUCGUUAUUUACCAACAAGUGUGAGCAACGGCGGAGGAUCAGUUGACCGGCACUUGGCUGAUUCGUCUACCGUCCGUACGAGCGUAUCGUCGGCCGGCGAGGGCAGCAGCGUCUGGUCAAAGGUUUCGUCGUCUCGUUGGGUUCAAACAGUCGAUGUUAUAAGUUUACAAUGGCAACUGCGGCUGAGGCGAGUGGUGUAGAGCCCGGCGGUUCACAAGAUGAUAGUCAACAGGGAAUUAAAGAAUACAAACUUGAGAAGGACUCAGAGUUGAGGUUUGAAGUGGAAACAGAUGAAAUAGUAGAACUCAGGUUAAAAGAAGGCCUAGCGGAGGUUUUUGGAACAGAACUGCUGAAGAGUCGCGUCUACAAGUUCACCUCCUUAGCCAAAGUUGCAGUCUACACAUGGCAUGGGUGCUCCUUAAAUCUGAAGGGCAAAACGGAAGUAGCCUACAUCUCCCGAGACACACCCAUGACAGUCUAUCUCAACACCCAUGCAGCCUUGGAACAGAUGAGGCAACAGGCUGAGCAGGAGGGCACUAGAGGGCCAAGAGUGAUGGUCAUUGGUCCUACUGAUGUUGGUAAAAGCACAGUGUGUCGUCUUCUGCUCAACUAUGCUGUCCGUGUUGGAAGGAGACCAACCUUUGUUGACAUUGAUGUUGGCCAGGGUGUUAUCUCUGUUCCUGGAACUAUUGGUGCCUUACUGAUCGAGCGGCCAGCGGAUAUAGAAGAAGGAUUCUCAUUGGCUGGUCCUCUUGUGUAUCAUUUUGGAGCGACGACGCCAGGAGCCAAUCUGAAGCUGUAUACCUUACUGGUGUCCAGUAUGGCAGAAGUCUUCAACAAACGCUGCAUGACCAAUCAGAGAGCCAGCGUGAGUGGCUGUGUUAUCAACACCUGUGGCUGGAUUAAAGGAGACGGCUACAAGUGUAUCACGCACGCAGCAAAAGCAUUUGAAGUUGAUGUUAUUGUCGUCUUGGAUCAGGAAAGACUGUACAAUGAGUUAGUUCGUGACAUGCCUUCGUUUGUCAAAGUUGUGCUUCAACAAAAAUCAGGCGGGGUUGUUGAAAGGACAAGAGCCUUCCGUUCCACAGCUCGUGACAGCAGGAUAAGGGAAUACUUCUACGGCUUUGAAAACUGCUUCUACCCACACUCCUUUGAAGUCAGAUUCAGCGAUGUCGAGAUAUUCAAAAUUGGGGCUCCUGCAGUUCCAAAUUCCUGCCUACCCCUCGGAAUGACUCCAGAAGACAACCAAACUAAGCUGGUGGCAGUACAACCAAGUAAUGAGCUGUCUCAUCACCUCCUCAGUGUGAGUCUGGCCAAAUCCAAAGAAGAUGACCUCCUGAAGACAAAUGUUGCCGGCUUCGUUUGUGUCACUCACGUAGACAUGGACCGUCGUGUCUUCACGGUACUCUCCCCAGCCCCUAGGCCGCUCCCCCGACGUUACCUGCUGCUCAGCGAAGUCCAGUUCAUGGACCUCCAUCAGUGAAACAUCUUCUCCGUGGAUAUCCUGCAAUGUCGACCACUUAGCAUGACUCUCUACCAGUGUCGGAGCUUUACUUCGGUCAGACAUUUAGGCUUCAGUCUGUGGCUUCAGGAUAAGGCUUCAGGCUGUGGCUUUAGACUGUGGUUUCAUGUUUUCCAUGGAAAUCAGUGUCUCAAGACAUGAAAUAAUUUUGAUAUGAAGCCAAAGAACGGAACCUUUUUUCAUUUGGUUCUGGUGGUAAAGGCUUCCGUGUGGUUCUGGAGCUCUAGACUAGGCCAGAGCAAGAAAAGAAGAUGAAGAGUUCUGUUGACUUUGUUUCCUCUAAUUUUGACAGGUUUGGAAUUCAGAAUGUGGUACUUCAGUCGAAAGUCAGUGGUACUUCAGUCGAAACCACACUGGGAGUUAUGCCAACUUAUGUCAUUGUUUGUAAAUAGAUGAGGGGGACAUGCCAACUCAGCUAGGUGUGGGAUUUCUUUUGUUUUUAUGGGGAGGGGGCAUUGACAGCUUCUGUAAAUGUAGAAAGCAGGAUAAGGACACCAGCAGAAAUGCCCUUUGCAUUGACAACUGUUAUUAAAAAGGCCACGGAAGUACACCCACGGAAGUACACUCUUGAAGGAGCGAGGCUAUGUUCCUUUUAACCAGUUCGCAUCGGAUGACAUGUAUACACGCAAAGGUUUUGCGGUAUUCAGAACGGCAAACACGCAAUGAGCGAGGCUUGAAAAUAUCUGUCAGCUACCCUCAGAAAACGACCGAGGCCAGAAAUAUGAUUGUGCUGCCCGAGGGUGAUGGCUUCAACCUGCCUGGCAUUGAGUCGAGUGGAAAAUAAUCUUGUGCCUCGGUCUGGUCAUAUCAAAAUAAUCCUGGCGUGAACUGGUUAAAAAUAUGCUUCCAUCAUAAAAUAUUUUUAUAAAAAUACUCAAGGGUCACAAGGCGAAAAUUAGGGGGAAGGAUGACGUGCACUUUGCUGCCUUGUUAUAUUCUCAGGCCUGAUAAGUCAGACAGUACUCAUUUUCCUACUAUUUACUCUUUGAAAGUCUUCAGAUGUGUAAAAUCGGCAGCCACCCACAAGGCAAGAGCAUAACUUUCUGAACUUAAUUUUCUUUU